CUCAACCAUUCCAAGAGGAGCACAGAGGCGAAGCAGAGGCUGGAGAGACAUGGCAGCUUUGCAACUCUCAGGCUUCGACUGGCAGAUGCAGGCUAACAAAUAUGCCCAUCACACAGACAAGUACUACAUUAAUGAGCUGACCACAAGGAGGGGCCAGCCCUUUUACUUGAAGUUGUCCUUCAACAGACCCAUUGCCUCUGGGGAGAGGCUGACCUUCACAGCCUCAACAGGUCCAAACCCUUCUGAAUCAGCCCGGACCAAAGCCGUGAUUCCUCUGUCUACUGGGUCCAGUGGUGGCUCCUGGAGUGCAGUACUCUCCUCCAACAACAGCGACGGCUCUGUGACCGUCGCCAUCUCCAGUCCAGCCAACGCCCCUAUUGGUCGAUAUACGCUCAGCAUUCAGAUUGCCUCUGAAGGUGGAAGCACCUCCACAACUCUGGGGACGUGGGUUCUGCUGUUUAACCCCUGGCUACAAGCGGAUGGUGUGUUCAUGAUGAAUAAUGCAGAGAGAGAAGAGUAUGUGGAGGAAGAUGCCGGUGUCAUAUUCGUAGGGAGCGCAAAUCGAAUCAGCAUGGUUGGCUGGAAUUAUGGACAGUAUGAAGAAGACAUUCUGAACAUUUCCCUCAUAAUCCUGGACAGGAGCCUCAACUUCCGCCGUGACCCGGUCACUGAUGUGGCCAGAAGAAAUGACCCUAAAUACGUUGGCCGAGUGCUGAGUGGCAUGAUCAAUGGCAAUGAUGAUAAUGGUGUGUUAUCUGGGAACUGGAGUGGAGAUUACACUGGUGGCAAGGACCCUAGGAACUGGAAUGGCAGUGUGGAGAUCCUGAAGGAAUGGAAGAAAAAUCGUUUCCAGCCUGUCCGCUUUGGCCAAUGUUGGGUCUUUGCUGGGACCCUGAAUACAGUGCUUCGGUGUCUGGGGAUUCCUUCCCGGGUGAUCACCAACUUUAACUCAGCCCAUGACACAGACCGCAACCUGACCAUUGAUGUCUACUAUGACGCUCUAGGAAAUCCCCUAGACAGAGGGAGUGACAGCAUUUGGAACUUUCAUGUCUGGAAUGAAGCCUGGUUUGUUCGAAUUGACUUGGACUCACAAUAUAAUGGAUGGCAAGUGUUGGAUGCAACUCCUCAGGAGAGGAGUCAAGGAGUGUUCCAGUGUGGUCCUGCUUCUGUCAUUGCUGUCCGGCAGGGUGAUGUGAACCUGGACUUUGAUAUGCCCUUUGUGUUUUCGGAAGUGAAUGCUGACCAGAUCACCUGGAUUAUCAACUCUGAUAACAGCAAAAAACAAACCUCCUCCAAAACUAGCUCUGUGGGCAGGUUCAUCAGCACAAAAGCCGUGGGCAGCAAUUCCCGCAUGGAUGUCACAGACAAAUACAAAUAUGCUGAAGGUUCCAAGGAGGAGAGGGAGGUGUUCAAGAAGGCUCUGCAGAAACUGAAGCCCAGUUCUGGGGCGUUUGGCUCCACAGCAGCUGGGCCAGAAAACGCAGAAGUGAAGCCACCCAGCAUCUCUGGGAAGUUCAAGGUCAAUGGCACUCUGGAAGUGGGAAAAGAGGUCAACGUGUCCCUGCAGCUCAAAAACCUGAGUGAUGACUGGAAGACUGUCUCGGUGAACAUGACAGCCUGGACCAUUGUGUACAAUGGGACCCUGGUACACGAGGUGUGGAAGGACUCCAUCACAGCUUCUCUGGACCCUCAAGAAGAGAUGGAAUACCCACUGAAGCUCACAUAUGCUCAAUAUGAAAACUUCUUGACAGCAGACAACAUGAUCCGCAUCACUGCUGUAUGUCAAGUUACAGAUGAAGCCGAGGUUGUGGUGGAGAGAGAUGUCAUCUUGGACAACCCUGCCAUUACUCUGGAGUUACUGGACCAGGCCAGAGUGAAGACCCCUGUAAAUGUACAGGUUCUGUUUGCCAACCCCCUGGAUGAACCAGUGAAUAACUGUGUGCUCACGGUGGAAGGCAGCGGUCUCAUGCGGGGCAACCUCAAGAUUAAGGUGCCAUCCCUGCGCCCGAAGGAGCGCUCCAACUUCAAGUUUGAGAUCACUCCCCUCAGGAGCGGCACCAAACAGCUACUCAUUGACUUCUCCUGCAGCAAGUUCCCAGCGAUCAAGGCCUUCCUCUCUGUCGAUGUGACCGAAUGAGGAGGCUGGAGCUGUCUGCUGUCCAGCUCCCCUCCUGCCUGGAUAGACUGGGGUCAAGGGCUUCUGGAAGUAGCCAUGUCACUCAGCCAGGGCUGGCCUACCUGGAAAGCCCACCCAAGACCCCGGCUGCUCACACACCUUCUCUUCUCAAUAUACACACACACACACACACACACACACACACACACAGAGACAUUCUUGCUCAUAUACACACACACAUAUACACCCUUUUUCAUGUACUCUCCCUCUCUUUCACACACACACACACACACACACACUCUCACUCAGUUACUUCUCAGAUGGUGUCUGCAAAGGAUGCACCCACUUCACUUUUGCACAUUCCCCAACAGGUACUUCCUCCUCAGGCCGUGGCUGCCUCCUCUGCUUUUCCUCUAAGCCCCUCCUGUCUUUGAUUUGCACUCUACUUGACCAUUGAACUUUCAGGGUAGAAAUAAUAAUAAUAGUCCCCCUUAUUUUGAUACAGUGCCUUACAGUCUCCCAAGCUCAUUACUGCUUAUAAGCCUUACAGUUUACAAAGGGCUUUCACAUCCAUUGUCUCAUUGGAUGCUUUCAGCAACCCCAUGAGGGUAACAAGGUAGGGAUUUUUAUCCCCAUUUUACAGAUAGAUAAAUUGAGAGUCAGAAAGAUUAAGCAGCUUGCCUAUGGUCAUACAGCUAGUUGGUGGUAGAAGGAGGAUUCAAACCCAAAUCUGCAGAUCCCAAGUUGAGGGCUCAUUCCACUGUAUCUUUCCCCUCCCUGUCAUGGAAGAAGAGGAUAUUUAGACUGUUUGCCUACUUGAGAUGAGUGUUUGUGCUAUUCCUGCUUCAACCUCAGGCGUGAGGGUUUGUGGGAUAUACCCUGCCACCAGAUACAACUCCAUACAUUGAACAAUGGUAAUAGAAAAUGUUAUACAACAGCAGUGGUGAAGGACGUCCCACUCUCGUGCCUUCAGAGGAAGGUGCUUCUCUUAACCUUCUCUAUUACCAAGCUUGGGCAGAGUUAAAGAAGCCCAGAGAUCUGUCCCUGCUGGCUGCCCCCAUACGCCAGGUGUUCUUGCACCAUGCUUGUUACCACUGCCCUCCACCUCCAUUUCCACUCUUGCAGAUUUCUGUAAAUUUCUUUGGUGAGCUGUAGCUGUAGGAAGUGAAAGCUGGCAGAGCCCUUAGAACACAAAAUGUCAGAGCUGGAGAAGACCUUCACAGAGUAAACUGGAAGAGCAGUAGAGAUGAUCUUGCCUAGCCUUCCCAUUUGGGGAAAUAGGUCUAGGGAGGAGAAGUAUCUUUUGUGGCAGAGCGAGAAAUAGAUCCCAAGUCUCUAUAUGGGGGGCUCUUCCCACAAAGAAGGAGGGAAGGAGAGGAGAUUUUUGUCUCCAUCCAUGGAAGGAGGCCAUGUGUGUUUGGGGGUGUGACAUUAUAGUAGACAUUCCCUUUCUGUUUUUCCCAAAUUGUGGGGCUAUGGAAAUGAUAGAAAGAGGUACUGCUUCUGCCUAGCUGAACCAUCAGUCUCAUGGCUCAAUGUGAGAAAAACAGAUAAGCCAACCAGAAAAGGACAAAAAAUAAACACAAGUGGAGAGAAACCUUCACUCAGACUAGUAUCUAAUUAGUUCAGAUUAGUCCAAAAGCUGUCAUCACUUUCUAGGGCUGGCUUUCUCUGUUAAUACCACCCAGGAGAUGCCCCUUCCCCCAUUCCAGAGCAUGCUCAUGACAUUCACUCAUCUCAGUCAAGUAUUUAACAAGAAAGAUCCUACAACUGUAGACAUUGGAGCAUAGGAGAGGUGGAAGAUACCUUAGGGGAAAGAAAGUGAGACCCUGAAGAGACUUUCAGACAUAGAUUGGGGUUUUUUUUGUUUGUUUGUUUGUUUUAUUAUUUUUUUUAUUAAUUUAUUUUGAUUUAUCAACAAUCAC